AUGAGGACAGAAAGGAAAAUACAAACUUUUAAUUUCAAUGGUACUUUACCUAUCUCUCAAAAGUCUGUGAAUAGAUCUAUCAUUGGUAGGAAUUUGCGAAAGCAUGAACUUGGUGGGGUCAUAUUUGGAUGUACAAGGCAUACAAUGAAAGAAUGUCUAUCUAAACAACUUUUUGGGUUACCAGCUCAGCACUUUUCAUAUGUGGAGAAUAUCAAUCCAAAAAUGCCUUUAUUUCUAUUCAACUAUAGUGAUAGAAAGCUUCAUGGAAUUUUUGAGGCAACUAGUCAUGGAAAAAUGUUUAUAGACCCAUAUGCAUGGAUUAAUGAUGAUUAUACUGAUGAAACACAGUAUCCUGCACAGGUAAAAGUUCGUGUCCGAGUUCAGUGUCAUCCAUUAUUAGAAGAUAAAUUUGGAGAAGUAAUCGGAGAAAAUUAUUAUCUUAAUAAUCAUUUUUGGUUUGAACUAGACCAUACACAAACAAGCAAGUUAAUGUAUUUAUUUGUAUCUACGGCCAUAGCUACUAAAACACCAGUACCACAAUAUAAUACAAAGAGGAGAAUUGAAUAUGCUAAUAUUCCACGCGAAACCCUAAAAAAAGAUGGAUUCGACCGACCAUUACGUAACCAUCGAAUUAAAAAGGAGAUAAAUCAUGACGAAAAAGAUCGAGUAUAUAAGAAACUAUUAGAAAUGGCUCUUGGAAAGAAAAAUGAAGACCUAUAUUUUAUAGACAAUGUAAGAGAUACUCCUAAUGAUAGCAAUAUAAAAGGUUAUAAAGAGGCACCAUUGAAUUUAAGAAAGAAUGAUGAAAAUUGCAGUGCAUCAUUCAAGAAUCUCUAUACUAUAGUGCAGUCCGUGCAACAAAGGGUUGGAGAACGAAAAGCUUUUCAAAAAACUAAAUCUUUGGAGAAUGAUGAUCUAAAACAAAAGCGGGCUUCGUUGCAAAUUCAACAUAUCAAAGAAGAUUACGCAAUAUCUAAACUUACAAAUGUGGAGAAGACGAUUAUUCAAUUAUUAUUGUCUAAAAAUGCAACCAAAUCCUUUCAACCAUUGAACUUUAUUGGGUUGUAUACUACACAAGUACGAUUGAAUGUUAUUAGUACUACAAAUGGACAUAAAUGUUUUACAAAUGUUGAGAUAUUUCAUUUAGAUUAUGGAAGAUGGAUCUCUAUCAAUUCAAACUCAAAUAAGAAUUUUGAUCUUAUUGAAAUGGAACUCAAUGAUUCACUUCAUGUCAAUGGUGGAUAUAAUGGAUUUGACUAUUUGAAGUAUACUAUGAAUGGCUUUGAUGAAUGCACAAGUGUUCCAUAUAUGGAUCUCUUUGAUCCAUGUAUUGAGGCAAGAAUGAAAUUGAUGAAUUAUGUUGAGAAUUUUUGUGAUGCUAAAGAUUUUAAAGAGUCUAUGAGAUCAAGGGAGUCUAAGUUUUUGAAACUUUUUUAA